AUGUUGCGUUCUAUGUGUCGUACCUGUGCAUGUCAGGGUCUGGACCCGGAGACCUGCGGUGCCUCUUUCUCAUUCGGUUGCUCCUGUAUGUACUUCAAUGGUUGCAAGUUUGCACGCAGCAAAACACCCCGCAAGUUCAGACUGCAGGGAGACUCUCCUAUGGAGGAGGGGAGGCUGGAAACAAACCUGCAGAAUCUGGCAUCAGAUUUGGCACCAGUGUACAAAAGACUCGCACCUAAGGCCUUCAACAACCAAGUGGAGGAGGAGCAGCGAGGGCAGGACUGUCGUCUGGGCUGUAGGGAAGGUCGACCUUUCUCUGGUGUGACAGCAUGUGUGGAUUUCUGUGCUCAUGCCCACAAAGACACGCAUAACAUGACCAAUGGAAGCACUGUGGUAUGCACUUUAACCAAGGAAGAUAACCGCGCAGUGCGCAACAUUCCAGAGGAUGAGCAGCUGCACGUCCUGCCGCUCUAUAAGAUCUCUGGCACUGAUGAGUUCGGCAAAGUGGAGGGCCAGUGGGCCAAGAUAAAAACUGGGGCUCUGCAGGUCCUCUCUGCUUUCCCAAGAGAAGUGCGGCUGCUGGCUGAGCCCGUCAAGUCAGCACACAAGAGGAGGCUGGAGGCCAAAAGAGCCCAUGUUGAGAAACUCAACGGCCUGGGCAGUAAGCAGGUCACCCCUGUGAAAAUGAAGAACGAGUCUCUUAAAGGUUUCAAACAAACCUCCACUGAGAAUUCCUCCUUUUCGGAAAAGAAUACGACUAAUUUAAGUUCAACCAUGCGCGUUCAUGAUAUCGGAGGGCAAUAUUCACCCUUGCACUCUAGAGGCUCGUACAACCAGACUAACACCUGCCGCACACCUCCUGAGGACUCGGCUUUAGCACAUCCACACCCCCAAAGUUCCCUGAUGAUCCCUCUGGAGGAACCCCCCCACUUCAAUGGUUCUCCUCCUUUUAGACAUGGAACUAUCAAACAGGAACCAUUCAGAAAUGACCAUCCUGAGGAAAUGCGGUGCUUCCAAGGAGGAGCUGCUUCCACCCCACUGUCCCCGCCAAUGGCCGAGGGUCUCCACAGCCGCUUGAACAUUACGGCACAACCGGUCACCCCAGAGGUGGCCAAAGCAGAGGAAGUGUGGUCAGAUAGCGAGCACAAUUUCCUUGACGAAAACAUCGGCGGGGUCGCAGUGGCGCCUUCCCAUGGUUCCAUCCUGAUCGAAUGUGCUCGACGGGAGCUGCACGCAACCACACCCAUCCUUCGGCCUGACCGCACACACCCCACCCGAAUCUCUUUGGUGUUCUACCAGCACAAGAGCCUGAACACCCCAGGUCACGGCCUACAGCAGUGGGAGGCCAAAAUGGCAGAGAAGGCCAGGGAGAAAGAGCAAGCAGAGCGCUUAGGACUCAACAAUCAGUCAAAGCCGAGACACAAGUUUCAGGUCCCUACCCGUCAGUCGCUAACAGUUUCACGUGACGGCCUGGUCAUGUCAGCUCCUUACGCCCUCACACACGUCACAGGGCCUUACAACCGCUGGACGUGA